AUGGACAGGUCACAGCCUGCGGGACCUCAAAAGCGUAAGAGGGCAAGUCGAAAGAACACCCCAAAAAGAUUCAGAUGUGAAUAUGAGGGAUGCACAAAGAUCUACUCUCGAGCCGAGCAUUUGCAACGCCAUCAGUUAAAUCGUGCGUCACAUCGGGUAGAGUCGUACAAGCCAAAACAAUUGUUCCAUUGCCAGACUGAAGGCUGCGAUCAAACCUUUGUGCGUCUUGACCUUUGUAUGAGACAUCAAGCCAGACAUGGCGAAGCUUCCAAAACGAGAGAACAGGAUGUUGGCGCAACAGUCUUCGAAACCACAAAUGAGGAUAUGGUAGAAGACCUUGCUGACGAGGUGGAUCCGUAUUUGCAACAAGAUGCUGCAACAAACAUAACCACUGAACAACCUCAAACAUAUGAUACUGGCACCGCAGAUUCGCAUCAGGAUGUAUUGCUGGAUGUGGUACCAAACAUGCCAGGUUGGAUUCAGAAUGAAAUGCUGGACAAUCAUUCUGGAUUCGCAACAGUUCCUUCCCAGCAAAGCAACGAGAACUUCGUGACUUGGUUGUUUGAUAGCCCUGGCUCUCAACAGCAGAACUUCGAUCUUUCAAGUUACCUGCCCUAUGUGGAUUUCAGUCUCGACUAUUGCUCUCCAACGAACGACUUCUCGCAGUUUGACUCCAACCAAACUAUCGUCAACGCUUCCACCGGAAGUUCAAUGAACAUGCCACCAGGAAACAAUGCGUUUCGUGAGGGCACUGAUGAAUACGGCACGAACAGUCAUCUACGUAUAUCUACCAGAUGCAGAUCAAGAAUCGCUCACAGCAUCACUUCGUUUAUUGCCAAGAAACGUCCACCAGGAAUGCCAGAUGCCAUGGAAGAGACAGACUUGUUGUUCAGCACCGAUGGCAAAGACUUUCCGAACUUGACAGUUAACGUCCUCGAGAACUGCUUGUCUAGCUUUUGGUCGUAUGUAGCGGUUCAGCUGCCUAUCAUCCAUCAGCAGACUUUCUCAAAUGACGAUUGUCAACUGCUUCUGCUGCUUGCAAUCCUCAUGCUAGGUGCUGGUCAAGCAGUGCGUUUACACCCUGUCGGAACGCGGAACGACUAUCGCGUCCUUGCCGAUCUCAUAGCAAUUAACCUCCGAUGGGAGAUUUUUCCUGAAGCUGAACCACCCAUAACACUUUGGAUGGCCCAAGGGCUUUUGUUGCUUGAGUUCUACGAGAAGAUGUUCUCAACUCGUCGCCUCCAUGAGCGUGCAUAUAUCCACCACGCCUCCACAUUAGCGUUGCUACGGCGUGGAAGUCCUAUGGUCGGUCAUGCUGAAGAUGAAGAGCCUCCGACACGGUGUCCAUCACCAGGAUUGACCUCACAACAGACAAUUGGGACCUUCAAACAGCUCGGCUGGUGGCGCCGCUGGGCACGAAAUGAGUCAUGGCACCGUGUUGUCUUCGCAGCUCUUCAUAUGGAUACUUUACACGCCGUAGCUUUCGGACACGAGAGUUCACUUCUGCCAUACGAAGUUCGUCUUCCAUUACCCUGUGAUGAUUCGCUAUGGUCCGCUCAGAGUCCUGAAGAUGUUUGGAGGCUAGAGGAGACGUUCUCGAUGCAUGGUAUCAGCCAGCAGCCCUUCCUCGACAGUUUGAGAAGGUGUCUUCAUGGCCACGAUGUACAUUCAAAUCAUGGUGCACGGAUUGUCCUAGGUUCUGGUUUGCUGAGUGUUGGCUGGCAUAUCAGACGUCGUGAAAGAAAUCAACAGUUCUUGGAGUCAAUGCCGUCAGCUCAGGAACAAGACCGCUGGAGAGUCUUGCUCCUCAAUGCGUACAGCCAUUGGUGUCGGAGCUUCCAGCAGGCACUAGAAAAGUCGAAAGUGCACAGUCGAAAGCAUGAAAGUAUCAGAGACGUGGUGUUCAAUCCGACAAUUCUUUAUCGACUAGCAUAUAUCACCUCACACAUCGAUAUACUAGAUGCCCAGGUAUAUGCAGGUUCGAAGCGGUUGCUCGGGCGUAAAAUUACUGAUAAAGAUUACCUUGGAUGUUCAACCCGGAUGCGGAACUGGGCUACAACCUCCUCGGCUAGACUGGCUGUCGCUCACGCUUUCGAAUUGCUCGACGAAACUCUCUUAGGCGUGUCUUCGGAAACCGCGAGACAAGCUGUUGAUCAAACAACGACAACAAGUUACACUUGCCGUGCUGAUCCGUCCUCGUAUCGACCUUGGGUCUUGUAUCUAGCAUCUUUGACCAUUUGGUCUUAUCAGUACGCUCUCAAAGCGAGACCCUUACAUAUCACACCACAAGAAUCAUCCGAUGCCGGCCGAGCCCUGUCGCAACAUGUUGCUUGCAGCUACAUUCGAAGGUGUGCCGCAUCAGGUAUUGAAAGUUGUUCAAGCCAGAUGUCAGUUCAGGGAUGCGGUGCAAUGUGCAAGCUUCUGGCUCAGGAUUUUGCGCUUGCUGAGUGGGAGCUGCUAGUGGAAGCCUCGAGAAUACUCGACUCGUGUGCAGACAUGAUCUUGGACAGGGCUUAA